GUGUGUCCAACAUAAGGAGCCGUACGACGUCAUCAAUGCGGAUGUGUCGUCCUGUGGGCGCAUGCUGUAUUGGUGAACUUCUAAAUAACACUGGUUGAAGACUCUUGUAAUUGUAAAUAAUUAGUGCAAUUCUUAUAACACUUGUAUAUAAACUAGUAAGUUAAGAGUUCUAUCAUGGCUGGAAGUCGACUUGAGAAAUUCGGCACUGUGUUUACACGAGUGAGAGAUCUAAUACGCGCCGGGGUCGUCAAAGAAAAAGACAAACCGAUUUGGUAUGAUGUGUAUGCUGCAUUCCCACCGAAGAGACCCCCGCUGUAUGUGAAGCCACAGACGCGUGUAUUUGUGAAGACUGAAGAUAACGUCCCAGAAAUAUUCUACAAAGAGGAUGCUAUUCGCGCGAAAUUCUACGAGACCUAUGGGAAUGGCCCUAAAAUGAUCGACCUGUCAAGAUCCACGUUCGUGUCAUCAUGUCAGAGGUUUGUUGAGAAGUACAACGAGCUGCAAAGCACUGGAGGCUUUGAGGAAGAUGCCCUGUUUGAGGAGACCAGUAAGGCACUUCUGGCAGAGGGCAUUCUGCUCAGGAGGAAGGGAGUUCCUGCGGUGGCACCAGAGCCUAGGGACCCCGUCCUCGGGAUGAAGCUGACGGAGAUGCUGGCCGAGGAACAGCAAGCCAACACGGCAGCACCAGACACCACAGCAGCAGCAGCAGUAGAAAACACAGCAUCAGUAGACAACACAACAUCUACAACAGCAACACCCGAACAGACACAGACGGAAACACUUGCCACAGAUGCCAACAAACCCUCCUAAAUACAGACUGUUGCAUUUACAACCCACCCCCACCUCAUGGUGCAGAAGACCACAGAAUAUAAGGAUUAAUAAAACACUGAGGACUUGUACAAUA